UUCGGUCGUCUGUUGGUCAGCUGGUUCUGUCCGACAAUUAAAAUCUAGUCCGAUGUUGGUAGUACUGUCGCGACACCCUUAGGAUUAAGAAAGCUACCCACCACCCUCGGUACCAGACCGGAACAAAUUUGAGUGCGGCUCGCGCGCCGCUUGUGCGCGAGUGCUCGGAAUUUUUUUUCUAUCGUAUGGUUUUCGUUUUUCGGAAAUACGGUGAAGAAGAAAACGGAAGUCCCCGUGAAACUUUUGCGGAAGGAAACUAGGUGUGCUUCAUUUUCUCAGUCAAACGGGAAAUGACUGUAUCAUACGCCAGCGAAGUGCCAAAUGGCUCCAGCUUUGGCUGUUUCUGGAGGAUCCUCAUAAAAUGGCGAGGUUCUGUUUACAAGCUCAUCUGGCGAGAACUUCUCGUGUAUCUUUUAGUUUAUUACAUCAUAAACUUCACAUACAGAUAUGCUCUCAACGAAGAACAGCAAACGGUCUUCGAGAACAUUCGAUACUAUUUUGCAAAUUCGAGCGAGUCGAUUCCGAUGUCUUUCGUCCUCGGAUUUUACGUGACACUCGUAGUCAAAAGAUGGUGGGAACAAUACAAACUUCUGCCCUGGCCAGACAACCUUGCACUUUUCAUCAGUGCCGCCAUUCCUGGAAACGACGAGCGAGGUCGUUUAAUGAGGAGGAACAUAGUUAGAUAUGCGGUUCUCGCCUACGUCAUAACAUUGCAGAGGAUCUCCUUGCGAGUCAAAAGACGUUUCCCAACACUUCAGCAUAUAGUCGACGUCGGUCUGAUGAUGGAGUCAGAAAAAAAGAUUUUCGAGAUGAUGAACAAAAAAGCAGCAAUGUCCAAAUACUGGAUGCCCUUAGUUUGGGCAACGAAUAUCAUAAAUAGGGCAAGAAAGGAAGCCCUGAUCACAAGUGAUCAAGUAGUGCAAACUCUUCUCGUGGAACUUAGUGACAUUAGAAAAAGACUUGGAGCUCUCAUUGGCUACGACACUGUUUGUGUUCCUCUCGUUUAUACUCAGGUCGUUACCCUUUCCUUGUACGCAUAUUUCUUUUCUGCUCUCCUGGGUCGACAAUUCACGCGUGAAAUUGACCAAAAAAGUGGAAAAUAUGAAGUGCCAGACAUGUAUUUUCCAUUUUUUACUGCUCUACAGUUUUGUUUCUACGUUGGUUGGCUCAAAGUUGCUGAAGUACUAAUCAAUCCGUUCGGUGAAGAUGAUGACGAUAUAGAACUCAACUGGCUCAUUGAUCGUCACAUCAAGGCAGGCUACAUGAUUGUGGACGAAAUGCAUGAGGAGCAUCCUGAACUUUUAAAAGAUCAGUAUUGGGACGAAGUGAUACCAAAAGAUUUGCCAUAUACAGUUGCCAGCGAGCAGUACAGGAAGGAGGAACCCAAAGGAUCUGCUGAACACUAUAAAGUCAAAGAAAGCGACGCUCUUUAUGCGAAUGUAAUGCUCGGAACGCAACUCCAUUCUGUGAAUCAACAUCGUAAGAUGCAUCAGGAUGACAUGUAUGCUGAUUACGAAAGCGUUGAUACGCCGUUAGUUGAGCGAAGGAAGAAUUGGCUACAACGUCAAAUAACAAGAAUGGGCUCAGUUAGAAGCUCGACAACAACUUAUAAUAGUAGCGGUGGUGGAUUCUUUUCCAGAAAUCGUCACAACAGCGUUUAUAGUAGUCCUGAAACUGGCGGUCUACCAGCUACUAAUAAUCCUAAAAUCUCUCUUUAUGAUCGCCUUGUAGGACGAAAGAGCGUUCGCAGUCAACGUAUGGGCCGUCAAGGAACUCUGACAAAGCUUCACGCAGUGCCAGUAUCUUUAAAAAAUCGACCCCGAAUUCCAACACCAGAUGUGACAAAAGAAGUGGUAGAUCGAGAACAAAGGUUAGCCAUUUCAGCAAGCAAUGCUGCGAAUAUCGGUGCAGGAGUUGUGGGGGUGAUACCAGCUAAUGGUCACUACCCCACUGAUGUUUCUCUAGUGGUUCUCUCACCAAUCCAUGAAAAUGAGGGAACUCCUAAUUCUAAAAAGGGCGGAACUGCUGCCUUAGCACAAGCGGUUCUGACUCCUAGUUUGACCAGCGCGGGCUUGGUAGCACCCGGUACCUUUAUUCCCGUUACUAUGAGCCAACUUUCUCAGUUGGGUUUAGUAACAACAACAUCUGCUUCGACACGUCCUCAAAUUCAAGGAAUGGAACAUCAUGAUAAACAUCAAGCUACUUUAACCGAGGUGAACACUAGUGAGGAAGAAGGAAGCGGAAGCGGAAGUAGCAGUAACGGUAGCAUCGCCGGCCAAGAGGAUCGUUCGACUCCUCUGAUAGAGAGAGUCAGUUCUCUAGGGAGUCAUGGUAGUUCUCCAACCUUUGGAAGCUACAAUGAUCGCUCGCCAAUCUUAAUGAGUCCAGAAAAUCUUGGAAGAUAUGUAGUUCAAACAAACGAUACUACUCCAAAUAGACUUGUGCCUGUUAAUCCUAGAGGCAGAAGGUCAGCGUCUUUACCUGGUCCUCCGAUGGCAGUGUCUCGGGACGACAGAAGUAUGUCCCUUCCGCACUCUCCCGGUCUUCAACAUCGCGAAACUCGUGCAGCUUCUGUAACCAGUAGACAUGAAAAUCCCAAUCUUGAAAGACUUAACCCCAUUAGAAAUAAAACAGAAAGCUUUGGACCAGAGGCUCCAAGGUUGAUCCUUCAAGAACCAUCAAGGAAAAUCAGCUCGGCAAGUGCAAAUGCUUCCGCUAUAGCAACGACGACGACAACCCCGACAAUGGCCCCUGGUCCAUUAUCUCCUGUCCAGAAUUCCGCUGGAGGCAAGAGGAACGAGGUUUACGUUUGAUGCUCGCUUAAGAAGCGAUCUUAUCAAGGUUGUUGCGAUGACUUAGUAAAUAAUUUCUCGAAGAGAAAUCCGUCCGAUAGUGUGGUGUAAAUCUUUUUUACUGUAGAAAUGUGUACCAAGUCCCGAGUGGGAACCAUCCAGUAGAUGAUUAUGAGGAAUUAUCAUCAUUUUAGAUCGAAGAAAAUACUUUCGAAGAUCAGAAAUUCAAGUUUGUAUAUUGAUAUUAAACAAGGUGACUUUAAAGUUGUAGAAUAUGGUAACAAUGAAAAAUCCAUUCUUUGCUUCACUUAUUCCUAGACAUUAAGCAUCUUUUAAGAAAAAAUAUCAACGUGUUUCUAUUUGAAAACCUCUGCAGGUUUUAAUAGUGAUGAGAAUAAUGCUCAAAACAAUUUUAAAGCACAAUUAACUUUUGGUGGUCAAGCCUUAAACAUAUUUUAAAUAACUACAUUUGAAGAGUCAAUUUUGAAACCAAGUGCACAUCUGUUCUUUAAUUCUGUUGAAUUUCCUUAAAUUAUUUCGAAUUCUGUUGAAAUCUUUUAAUUUGUCUAGGAAUCUUUCUAAUUCUCUUGAAUUAAUUUGCAAAAAUGGAAUAAAUGCAGCUAGUGCGAGUGAAUGCCUAUACCUUCAGGACUAAAGUUAACGCCUGCUACAUAAUUAAAUAUGACAUCACCAUGUUCCAUGCAUUUCUUUUACUUUGAAAUUCUUUUUGAUUUACUUGAAAUCUUUUAAAUCAAUAUGAAUUCUUUUGAUUUCUUUAAAUUCCUUUGAAUGAAUAACAAUGUUUAGAAUUAGUCAAAAUCGAUUGUGUUAAUGUUGUAAUAAGUCAUAUUUUACAAGAAUCGCUAAAAAAAAGUAAUGUAUUUUAAAAUAAAAGUUAUUGUUGAAUCAUGUUCAAUCGAAGAUACUUUGUUUAUUGCAGAAACAAAAAACGUGAACGAGCUUUUUUCUUUUUCUUCUACAAAUUUAGAGAAUUAUUUUUAUAAAAUUUAUAUACUUUCAAAGGUUGCUACUAAACUUGAUUUUUUGUAUACUAACUCCUUCUUUAUUAUUUUCCAAUAAAAAAAUGUAUUCACUUAAAACCGUCAUCUUUGUAAGAAAAAAAGAUAUUUAUUAAAAACAUUAAAAAGGAUUCACCUACCUUUUUGAUAAGAUAUAUCUCAUUUAAAAGGUCUAAAGACUUAGUAGAAGGGUUUUUCAUUGUUAACCUCCACCUACUCAAAACAACGCUGGUUUAAACUUGCAGAGACUAAACGGCAUGAUCCCUGGUGUAACUGUAUUUUCACCAUUUGUAAAUUGUAAUUUUUUGUAAUUACUAAUAGAGUUUUUUAAAGGUGUCCAAAGCCCAAACUUUUUUCAACAUAAGUGUGCGAGUAAUUACAAAUUUUUGCCAACAAAUUGUAAGUUUUAUGUAUCGCACACAAUAGAAAUACAAGUAUUUUUUCACCAGGGAUACUGAAAUCAAAUAUGCAAAAAUUAUAAAAAAAUUCUUUAAUAUUUUUUAAUGUCUAAAAACUUUACCGCAUAUAAUCCAUAAUCAUAACCAAAUCACUAAGAAGUAAGACAUGAGGUCACGUCAAUAUUUCAAAGAAUUUGUUUACAUUAACUGCAACCAAUUUACUGAAAAAUAAACCUUAACUUGUGAAAUUUCCUGUCCGACAAUUUGCGUUUUCUGCAAAGAACGAAGGAGGAAGAACCUAGUAUGAUAAAAAUUGAGAUUUUUAGAAAUCUCGCUUGUGGCUAAGUUAAUUAAUUUAUAUGAGGUGUGUAUGAAAUGAAAAGUCUGGCGCAGAAACUGAAAGUGCAUGCGAUUGCAUUUCACAUUUAAGCAAAUUCGAAUCUAAUAUCGAAUUUUUAGUAAGACUGAUCCUCAAGAUAUAUGAAGCCAGAUGAAAAUUAGGAUACAGCAAUUCGAAUAAAUGAAUGCAAAACAUUCUUCUAACAAGUAAAAUAAAAUUUUCAAUUUGAUUUGGCUACAUUAUGAGAUAGAAACGGUACCAAAUUACCGUUGAUCGUGAAUAACAUGAUAUAAUUUUGUGAUGUGAGUUUCACGAAUGUCCCGUAUAUGGUGGUUUUUAGGUAGUAAACUCUAUGCGGAUCACCGUCACAAUUCUUAUAUCGUGAUUGCAAUAAACUCAAACAUGCAACUUGUAAGCUUUAAGUACGUUAAAGUCGUAGGGUACCGUAUCUAUAAAGUUUAUUUGUACAUACCAUUUUUAGGAGUCGUUGAAUUGUCUUUCGGAAAUUUCUCCACUUUGCCAUAUUUAUUGGGGAAUGAUAGAUAAUCGAAUAUUGUUUUUUAUACGAUGUCAGUUUUAAAUAUAACUAUCACGUGCUGCAUUAAUUGAAUUCUUUCUUUUUAAAUUAUAUUGUUGGCGGGUGCACUCGAGAUUUUCUUCAACGGAGGCCAUAUUUGCCACACAAACAGUUUGUAUAUUUAUAAAGAUUCAAAUCACUAGUUUGCUAAGGCAUUUUUUAAUACUAUAAUUAUUACUUUAUUAGGUUAUUUUUAAUUGAUAUGAUCAACUUCUUAUUUAUUUUUUCGUUUAAAACAUUUUUAAAUGUAUAAGAACUAUUAGGUAUAUGAAAUGUUUAAAACUGUUGCUGCUUCUUUUUUUAACAAAUAACGUUAGUCCCAUGCAAGAAUAAGGCGUAGAUUUUUCUAGCGCGGCGGAGGUGACCCCUGACGACUAAAAAUUUAAAUUGCAAACUUUGGAUUUCAAAAUAUAUAUCAUCGUAGAUAAUUACAUAUUUCGCGUUUUUUUUUCUUUACAAUAAAAUCGCAUCGUUUUUAGUUUCUUAAUGAAUUGCAAAAAACGAGUUUUUUUUAAUCCAUUUUUAAUUUAAUUUUUGUCUUCAACUCGUGCUCAAUUCCACAGUUUUUAGAAUUUCUUUAUAAAAUUCAAAGGAAUCAUUCCUUAUAAUAUUUUUAUUAUUACAGUCAGAGAUUAAACUUUUAACUUUAUUUAUAACAAUAUAACAAAUUAUUUCCUGAGCUCUUUCAUAAUUCGGUCCACAAAAUGUUUGAACGUUUCGUUUAUCGAGGAAAUUUUGAGCAAACAAAAACUUCCUUCGGGGAAGUUUUUCAGAAAGGUACAAAGAAGUUUUCUGGAAAGGCUUUUUAAAAAUAAAGUAAUAGGUGAAAAAAUAUAUCAAAUGUAAUCAUAGGCUUAAAUUACAGUGCUAAUUAUAAAAUACUUGAUCCAUAUUUAACUUCAUUUUAGCUUUUUUGUGAAUCCUUUUUAAAUUUUAAUUUUGAAUAAAAUACGCUUUUAUCGCGAUAUUUAAAUUGGAGUUCAGAAUGUAAGAAAGAGAACCUUAUUUUUGUAAUCUGUUAUCGAGAGAAAAAAACAAGUAAAUCUUAUAUGUACUCUGUUUCGGCAUGUUUUAUUAACAUUUCUAGCCCACGCUUCGUCAUCUUUUGUUCGUUUCCUCCUUCUAGAAGAACCUUGGGAUUCGCUUUCCAUUAUAGAAAUGUGAAAAAUGGUUUGGAUAAUAUUAUUAUUAUAAACUAUAAAUUUUGUUCUCACUAAAACUGGAACACGCAAUUCGUGUACAAGUUGUACACUUGGGUAAUCUCAAACUUUCCUCGAUAAAUUAAACGGUCAAACGUUUUGUGGAAUAUGAAGUAGCUCAGAAAAUAAUUUUUUAUAUUGUCAUAAAUAAAGUUGGAAAGUUUAACCGCUGACUGUCAAACAAGAAUACUCUAAGGAAUGAUUCCUCUGAAUUUUAUCGAGAAAGUUACAAAAACUGUGGAUUUUAGCACGAUUUGAAGACAAAAAUCGACUUUAAAAAAAAUUGUUUUUUGCAAUUUGUUAAAAAAUUAAAAAAGAUAUGAUUUUCUUUUAGAGAAAAGAAUAUGGGGAAUGCUCUAUUUUUUGAAAUUCAAAAUUUCCUAUUUGAAUUUCCAGUCGUCAGGGGCUAGCUCUGCCACGCUAGAAAAAUCUAAGUCUUGUUCUUGCAUGGGGACAAUCAAUUUCGAAAAAUUUUUUGAACGCUUAUUUGUAUUUGGAAAUCAUUAGAAAAAUUUUGAAUUGUUAUUAACUAUUGUAAAUAUUAUAAUAUCAAAAUGAAGAUGAUAUAUUAUUUAUAAAAUGUGCGCCUAAAUCAAUUGAAAAUAUUGAUGGAAAAAGCCCCAUAUACGCUCUUUUUCCAUCAAUGUCCUCAGUUUAUUACGUCCUGCGAAUGUAGAACAAAUCGUUUUUGUUGUGAAUGUAUAACGUUUGCGGAAGCCCAAAAUUUAUCCUUUUAUCCUUGCAUUUUCUAUCAAAGAAAGAAAAUGAACUUCGGGCUUUUAUUAUUUAAUUUCGCGUAUACAACGUGAUAGCUAGCUCAAAGCCACCAUCAGAAACGAUGAUGAUGCUCGUGAUGCAAUAUAUUGGUUAUUGUUAAUCUUGUAAUUAUCUAGAACAUAAUAUAGCUCGUAGGUUAUUCGCGCGAGAAUAUCGUGACGAUUUGUACUUAAUUUAAAAAUCCUGAGAAGGACUGUAACGCGAACAAUGUAUGAGUAACAAACAACGAAAAACUAUUGCCUCAUCUUUUGAAGCGAACGGAACACCAUGCAUGGAUUACUGAAGCAUCGAAUAAACACACUUUCCUGCAAUAAAGGACAUAUGCGAUCUUCACUGAGAUGACAAAGUUACUCAGAUAAAUUCUGCGAAACGAGGUUUUAAUUUAAGCGAGUUCAAGAAGUCAAUUUUUAAACUGAUAAAUUCUGUAUUCAGGCUUCAGAAAGGUUUUAAGUUACUGCUAGAAUUACAUACUCAUAAUUUAGAAAAUGGACAGCAUAGAUUUUGAUUUUAUCGUUACCGGAUGUAAAUAAUUUUAAUUACCGAAGACACGUGCGAUGUUCGUUCACUUUUGUGCAAAUGUAAGUGAUAUUUAUCGCAAGUUGUGAAUAUCGACGAAGUCAGUCUACUUUUAUGAUCAGUAAAGAAGGGUUGAAGUUAUCCAAGGACACAUAUCUAUACUAUAGAGACUCUAGCUUUGCGAGAGAGAGGGUUUCCUGAUUGUAGAUAUUGGUAACUUACAGUAUUUGUACGUCUAGCGUAAUUAUUUAAACAGCGAGGCGCAUUAUUAAUAAUAAUUAUUAUAUAAAGAUUGUUAAUCCUAUAUUAUAAUUGUAAGUAGCGUGGAAUAAUCCAGUGGUUGUUUUCUCAGUACCAUUUGGUGCCUAACUACGUGUUUUUGAGAGAAAGAACUUUUUAUAGAAUUAAAUACUAGGAGUGCUUUACUUUUAGCUAUUAGUAUAUCUAUGGAAUAAAAAUCGGAAAAAA